AUGAGCUCUGCUGUGGAAGCAGCCCCGCUUUGCUUUAAGAUUAAUGGCUCCUGCUACCGAACCCUCCAUCCCUUUGGGGUCCAGCUAACCAUCUACGUGGUCUGUGCCCUGGGCAUGCUACUUACAGUCCUGGGGAACCUGCUGGUGAUUAUUUCCAUCUUCCACUUCAAAAUCCUUCACACCCCCACCAAUUUCUUGCUGCUCUCCCUGGCGCUGGCAGACCUCCUGCUAGGCUUAACAGUCCUUCCCUUCAGCACAAUCCGCUCAGUGGAGAGCUGCUGGUACUUCGGGGAUGCCUUCUGCCGUUUCCACACCUUCCUGGACACUGUCUUCUGCUUGGCCUCCAUUUUCCACCUCUGCUUUAUCUCCAUCGACCGCCACUGUGCCAUCUGCGACCCUCUGCGCUACACCACCAAGUUCACUGUGAGGGUCGCUGGCGUCUACGUCGUGGUCGGGUGGGGAGUCCCUGUGCUUUACACGUCCAUCUUCCUCUAUAGCAAAAGAGUUGAGGAAAGUUUAGGCCAGUUCUUGCAGGACAUGCCUUGCGUUGGGAGCUGCCAGCUGCUGUUCAACAAACUCUGGGGCUGGAUAAACUUCCCACUCUUCUUCUUCCCCUGCCUCAUCAUGGUAGGGCUGUAUGUCAAGAUAUUUAUCGUGGCGACCAGGCAAGCCAAGCAGAUAAACAGUGUCAAUCAGAGAGCUGGGUCCAUGCGUCGGUCAGGAGCGACAAGGCGAGAAAUGAAGGCAGCGAAAACACUGGGAAUCGCUGUUGGCAUCUACCUCUUAUGCUGGUUGCCGUUUACCGUGGACACGAUGGUAGACAGCCUUCUUGAUUUCAUUACCCCACCUGUUGUGUUUGAUGUUCUCAUUUGGUUUGCUUACUUUAAUUCAGCCUGCAACCCUUUGAUUUAUGUGUUUUCCUACCACUGGUUCAGGAAAGCUGUAAAGCUUGUUUUAUCCCGUGAGAUCUUCUAUACAAGAACGUCUACUGUGGACUUGUACCAGGAGGAAUAA